AACUACCUGGGCCACUGCCUCUCCCUGGCGGCCCUCCUGGUGGCCUUCCUCCUCUUCCUGAGGCUCCGGAGCAUCCGGUGCCUGCGAAACAUCAUCCACUGGAACCUCGUCGCCGCCUUCAUCCUGUGCAACGCCACCUGGUUCGUGGUGCAGCUCACCGUGAGCCCGGAGGUGCACCAGAGCAACGUGGGCUGGUGCAGGCUGGUGACGGCCGCCUACAACUACUUCCACGUGACCAACUUCUUCUGGAUGUUUGGCGAGGGCUGCUACCUGCACACGGCCGUGGUGCUCACCUACUCCACCGACCGCCUGCGCAAGUGGAUGUUCGUUGCCAUUGGCUGGGGUGUGCCGUUCCCCAUCGUCGUGGCCUGGGCCAUCGGGAAGCUGUACUACGACAAUGAGAAGUGCUGGUUUGGCAAGAGGCCCGGCGUGUACACAGACUACAUCUACCAGGGCCCCAUGAUCCUGGUCCUGCUGAUCGGUUUCGUCUUCCUCUUCAACAUCGUCGGCAUCCUCGUGACCAAGCUGCGGGCCUCCACCACCUCGGAGACCGUCCGGUACAAGAAGGCCGCGAAGGCCACGCUGGUGCUGCUUCCCCUCCUGGGCAUCACCUACAUGCUGUUUUUCGUCAACCGCGGGGAGGACGAGGUCUCCCGGGUGGUCUUCAUCCACUUCAACUCCUUUCUGCAGUCCUUCCGGGGCUUCUUUGUGUCUGUGUUCUGCUGUUUCCUCAACAGUGAG